AAUUAUCGAAUCGAAAUCGAAUUUAUUUAUCGAAAAUUAGGUUUCUAAUUCCAUCCCUAAUUGAAGAAGUGUUCAAACAUCGGAUCAAAUCAUCAAACAAUCUCAGGUUUCCGAACGAAAAACAAAUCAGAUUGAAAGAAGAUGGUCAGUAGUAUACCAUUGUUUCUGAUGGGCUGCGGCGGCGUUGGCCGCCAACUCCUCCGCCACAUCAUCUCAUGCCGGCCAAUUCAUUCCAAACAGGGGGUUAGGCUGAGAGUGGUGGGAGUUUCCGACAGUAAAUCCAUGGUGGCUGUACCUGAUAUUUUAACCUCCGAAUUUCAUGACGAUUUUUUACUCAAACUCUGCAAAUUGAAAUCCAGUGGGGCUUCUCUGCACGAAUUGGCUAAUUCUGGUGAAUGCCAAGUUUUUUCGGGUCAAGAAAUUGCGAUGAAAGUCGUCGAUUUCGCUUCUACUCUACGUGAAUUGAGUGGGUUGACCCUCGUUGACUGCUCAGCAAGCGCUCAAACUAUUGCCAUGCUUAGUGAAUUAGUGAACUUAGAACGUUGUUGUGUGGUGUUAGCAAACAAGAAGCCUCUUACUUCUUCACUGGAAUAUUAUGACAAGUUGGUGUCACAGCCUCGACGGAUUAGACACGAGUCAACUGUUGGUGCUGGUCUUCCUGUAAUAUCAACUAUAAAUCGUAUUAUUUCGUCGGGAGAUCCAAUUUUCCGUAUCAUUGGAAGUUUGAGUGGUACACUUGGUUACGUGAUGAGUGAAGUUGAAAGUGGAAGACCCUUUAGCCAAGUUGUUACUGCUGCAAAAAGCCUUGGAUACACCGAACCUGAUCCACGAGAUGAUCUCAGCGGAAUGGAUGUAGCUAGAAAGGCACUGAUACUUGCUCGACUUCUUGGACAUCGCAUCAACUUAGACAGCAUCAAGGUUGAAAGCUUGUACCCUGUGGAAAUGGGACCCGAUGUAAUGCCCCUUGAAGAAUUUCUAGUGAAUGGCCUACCGAUUCUUGAUAAUGAUAUUAAAAAGCGGAUAGAUAUUGCUUCUUCAAAUGGAAAUGUUUUACGAUAUGUUUGUUUGAUCGAGGAAUCCAGGUGUGAAGUUGGAAUACAAGAAGUUGCGAAGGAUUCACCUCUGGGUCGAUUGAAAGGAAGUGAUAACGUGUUGGAGAUAUAUAGCCGGUGCUAUAGGGAACAACCGUUGGUUAUUCAAGGUGCCGGAGCAGGGAAUGACACUACUGCUGCCGGUGUUCUUGCUGAUAUUCUCGAUAUACAAGACCUUUUUCGACAUUAAACUUAUUUAUGUUUUCGAAAUUUCACAAGGCAAGAAGAGAGUAUUAGGUAGACAGAGAUGUUUUAUUUAUUUUUAUUUUUAAUUUUUUUAAGUGAGUUUUGGGAGAAUUGUUAUGACACAUCAAAGGAUGUGUUGUUUUAGCUUGAGAACGUGUGAUAAAUAUAUUAUCUUUCCAGGAUUUUCAAAAAUAAAAA